AUGAGUGGAUAUUAUUAUCAAGAUGCUAAUGGAUACAAUGGUAUGCCAAUGAUGAAAUCGCCUCCACUUCAACAACAAUACAGUGGAGAGUAUAUGCAACAAAAUUCAAUUGAUGAUUAUAUGGUACCAGAAGAAGAAUGGGAACGUGAAGCUGUACUUGAUCCUGCAUGGGAACGACAACAAAAGAAAACAUUUACCGCGUGGUGUAAUUCGCAUUUACGUAAAGUUGGCACAGCGAUCGAAAACAUCGAAGAAGAUUUUCAAAAUGGUUUGAAAUUGAUGCUUCUUUUGGAAGUUAUAUCAAAUGAACAACUUGUCAAACCGGACCGUGGACGAAUGAGAUUUCAUAAGAUCGCAAAUGUAAAUAAAGCACUUGAUUUUAUAAUGAGCAAAGGAGUUAAGUUAAUGGUUGGCGCUGAAGAAAUCGUUGAUGGAAAUUUGAAAAUGACGUUGGGAAUGAUUUGGACAAUUAUCUUGCGUUUUGCUAUUCAAGACAUUUCAGUUGAAGAAAUGUCUGCUAAGGAAGGUCUAUUAUUGUGGUGUCAACGAAAGACCGCUCCAUACAAGAAUGUGAAUGUUCAAAAUUUUCAUACAAGUUUCAAGGAUGGUUUGGCCUUCUGUGCACUCAUUCACCGCCACCGUCCUGAUUUACUCGAUUAUAGUAAACUGACAAAAGACGAUCCAUUAACAAAUCUUAAUCUUGCAUUCGAUAUUGCUGAGAAACAUUUGGAUAUUCCUAAAAUGUUAGAUGCCGAAGAUAUGGUCAAUACGGUCAGACCAGAUGAAAAGUCUGUGAUGACUUAUGUCAGCGCGUACUAUCAUGCCUUUGCUGGUGUUUAUAAGGCCGAACAAGCAGCUAGCCGAAUAUGUAAAGUAUUGAGUAUUAACCAAGAAAAUGAACAAAUGAUGGCGGAAUAUGAACGAUUAGCAUCGGACCUAUUAGAAUGGAUUAAACAAAAACGACCAUGGUUAGAAAAUCGUGCUACAGAUAAUACACUUAGUGGUACACAAGCUAAACUAGGAGAAUUUCGAGAUUAUUGUCGUUCACAAAAGCCGCCGAAGUUACAUCAAAAAGCGAAAUUAGAAACCGAUUUCAACACACUUCAAACACGUUUACGUCUAUCGAAUCGACCAGCAUUUACUCCAACCGAAGGCAAAUUGAUUGCGAACAUUGUCGAUGCCUGGAAAGGUUUAGAGUUAGCAGAAAAAGGUUUCGAAGAUUGGUUGUUACGUGAACUACGCCGACUUGAACGUCUUGAUCAUUUGGCGAAGAAAUUUCAGCAUAAAUGUGACAUUCACGAAGAAUGGUCGAAUGGAAAGGUUGACCUGUUACAAUCGACUGACUUCAAACAUUGUUCAUUAAAUGAUCUUCGUGCAUUAUCACGUAAACAUCUAGCAUUCGAAAGUGAUCUCGCUGCUCAUCAGGAUCGCGUGGAACAAAUAGCUGCCAUCGCUCAAGAAUUAAAUGUUCUCGGUUAUGACCAAAUCGCAACAGUGAAUCAACGUUGUCAGAAGAUUUGUAAUGAAUGGGAUCAAUUAGGUGAUCUGACACACAAACGACGUGUAGCCUUGAAUGAAGCCGAACGAAUCGUUGAACGUAUCGAUAGUUUAUUCUUGGAAUAUGCAAAGAAAGCUGCUCCGUAUAUCAACUGGCUUGACGGUGCUCGAGAAGAUUUAGUCGAUAUGUUCUUUAUUCAUACACUCGAUGAAAUUCGCGGUUUAAUUGAAGCCCAUAAUCAAUUUAAAGCAACAUUAGGAGAAGCCGACGUUGAAUAUAAAAAUAUCAUCCGAUUGGUCAACGAUGCAAAACAAACAUGUCAAGAUAACGGUCUCGAAAUAACUCCUAAUCCCUACACGAAUAUUCAACCUGAAGAAAUCUCAGCGAAAUGGCAAGAAGUACAAGCUCUUGUUCCUCAACGUGAUCAAGACUUACAAACAGAAUAUCUCAAACAGCAACAGAAUGAACGCUUCCGUUUGCAAUUCGCGCAAAAAGCCAAUGUCGUUGGUCCGUGGAUUGAACGUCAGCAUGAACAACUUCAACAAUUGACUAUACAAGUCGUUGGCACAUUGGAACAACAUCAGAAGAAACUCGAAGCCAUGGAAACGAACGUUGUUCAAUAUCGUCCACAUAUUGAUGAACUUGAGAAAUACAAUCAACAGAUUCAAGAAUGCAUGAUCUUUGAAAAUCGCCAUACACCUUAUACAAUGGAAGUUAUUCGUGUGGCUUGGGAACAAUUAAAUACGCAAUUAACACGACAAAUAGCUGAAAUUAAAAAUCAAAUCUAUACAUUGGAAAAGAAGGGUAUUAGUGAAGAACAAAUGAACGAAUUUCGAGCAGCUUUUGCACACUUUGAUAAAGGCCGUUGUCGACGACUUGAUCCAAAAGAAUUUCGUGCUUGUUUAAUCGCAUGUGGCUAUAAUAUUCGCGAAGAUCGACAGGGUGAUGUCGACUUUCAACGCAUUAUGGCCAAUGUCGAUCCAACUCAAACAGGCUUUGUAACAUUCGAAUCAUUUCUUGAUUUCAUGACACGUGAAUGUUCGGAAGAAGACAGUGUUGAUCAAUUGGCAUUAGCAUUCAAAACCCUAUCUGGCGAUAAACCUUAUAUUACUGCAGAAUUACUCAAACGAGAAUUGCCACCUGAACAAGCUGAAUGGUGUAUGCAACGAAUGAAAGCAUAUGCUGGUGCUGACAGUGUGCCAGGUGCCUAUGACUAUAAAACAUUUUCAUCAGCUUUGUAUGGUGAAUCGGAUCUUUAA